GAAUCUGCGUAGUGGCUUUUCGGUAAUUCCAGACUUUAAAGUUUGAAGACGUUUCCAACGAAGCAGCGAAGGUCUUCCUCCUCUUCACCUUUCUCCCUUCCUCCUCCUCCCUUCCUCCUCCUCCUUCCUACAAUGAUAGAGAGGCCAUGCAGGCUCCGCCCUUCUACGGAUCCAACGCAGGAAGCCAAGCCGUGGCUCUCCGAGGGCCGUCAUCGACAACACCGCCUCCCAUCGCCGCCUCCGCCUGCUGAGGCAGCCGAGGGCGGCAAUGUCGACCGAGUCCUUUUUAAGAACCUCGUUGAGAUGGUCCCCCUGGUUGAAUCGCUAAUGGAUAGGAGGGCGCGCUCGUCCUUCACGCGGAGGGCUUCUGUGAUCUACACACCCGCGCCGUCCCACCCGAAGAAGGCAACUGAGGCAAAAGGUGGAAGAGCUAAUUCAACUGUUUCCGUAAAGAAACAAAGGGAUUUCGAAGACAAUGCACAAAGAAACAAACAAAAAGAUUCUUCUAUUGGGUUUACUGUGGAAACUGAGAAACUCCAGAAAGAUCAGGAAGAGUUAAAUAUAUUAAAGGAACAGAUUAAUGACCUACAAAGGAAAAUACUAGAGAAAGAUGAAGCUCUGGAAUCAGCUGAUAGUGAAAUCAACCAAUUGAGAGUAACUAAUAUAUCUAUUGAUGAAUUGAGGGCUCAGAUUGCAGAGAAAGAUUCUAUGGUUAAAUCUAAUAACUCGCUGUUAAACAAUGCCAAGAUCAGUUUGGCAGACAAGCAAGCAACUCUGGAGAGAUUGACUUGGGAAGCUCAAAUGUCUAAAAAGAAAAUUGAGGAACUUCAAGGAGAGAGAGCUUCUAUGGACUAUGAGAUUACCACACUGAUGAAAAUUUUUGAGCAGUUAUCUGCGAAUCAUUCAUCCAUGAAUCCUGAUGAAAGUUUAUGUUCGUACAGAUUGGAACCUCUUCCAGUUAUAAAUGACUCCGAUGAUAUUACAUCGGAGAAAGUCGGAGAGGCGAGAGCAGCCUACAGUGCUGCUGUUGCUGCUGCAAAAGAGAAUCCAACAGAGGAAUUGCUAGCUAAAGCAGCUGAGGCAAGGCUACAGCUUCAAGCUCUCGUAAUCUAACAGUUCAAUUCUUGGAUCUGUGUAAAUGUUAUGGUGAUUAGAUUGUAAUAUCGUUGUCUUCCUGUCUGAAAACCCUUUUUGUAGUAAUUUAUGCCAUGCUUGUUGCUUUAAUGAUGAAUAUCAAUCACUAAUUACUGUCAUUGCUCUAGAUUUCUUGAUUA